AAAACGUGAAGCCGUGACCGGUGCUGCGAUGAGCACAUGGUGUGGAUGGUAUAACAACAUCCGAACCGACGGCCAGAAGUUUGGAAAAGCCAUGAGAGUCAGAGGCCCUGUCCCACUCUCACUCUGAAGCGACCAACAUAUCCAGGACAUGGACUGAAAUUUACUGCUCACAGAAACAAAGGUUCGCGACGAUGGAAGCCCUUCCGUUUGCGGUAGGAAGCAGAGGAUUCCGUACGCUUAAUUCUAGGAGGAGAAGAAUUGCCUCGAACAGUAAUCCUGUGUAUAAACAAAUCGAUUUUUCUCAUCUUCUUCAUAAGCCUUUCCAUGCCUCCCCCUUACGGUGCCGGACACUCGCCUGUCUCGCUCAAGGCAACGGCAAUCAUCACCACAGCCACCACGAUGACCAUCAUCAUCAUCAUCAUCACCACCACCAUGAUCAUCACCAAAGCGAAGGUACUGCGCUGAACAGGUCGCAGGAGGCGGUUAUUCGCAUUGCUAAGGCAAUUGGAUGGAUUGACUUGGCAAAUUUCCUUCGUGAGCAUCUGCAGUUGUGCUGCUGUUCGACGGCUUUGCUUCUUGUCGCCGCUGCUUGCCCCUACAUGCUCCCCAAGUCAGUGAUGAAGCCUGUCCAGAACGCCUUCAUUGCUAUCGCCUUUCCUCUUGUCGGGGUUUCAUCAGCACUUGAUGCUCUAAUUGAUAUUACUGCUGGAAAAGUAAAUAUUCAUGUCCUCAUGGCUCUUGCUGCCUUUGCAUCAGUAUUUAUGGGGAAUGCCUUGGAAGGAGGCUUACUUCUUGCAAUGUUUAAUCUGGCCCAUAUUGCGGAAGAGUAUUUCACAAGCCGCUCAAUGAUUGAUGUUAAAGAGUUGAAGGAGAACCAUCCGGAUUUCGCUCUUGUACUGGAAGUGGAUGGUGACAAACCACCUCAUUUCUCUGAUUUGAUGUACAAAAGAGUUGCUGUGCAUGAUGUAGAAGUGGGUUCAUACAUGUUGGUCAGAGCUGGUGAGUCUGUGCCGGUAGAUGGUGAAGUUUUCCAUGGGAGAUCAACAAUUACUGUUGAGCACUUGACCGGGGAAGCCAAACCAUUAGAGACUAAAGUUGGGGAUAGAGUUCCGGGUGGUGCAAGGAAUUUGGAUGGUAUGAUGGUAGUCAAGGCGACCAAGACAUGGAAUGAAUCAACUUUGAACAGGAUUGUGCAGUUAACUGAAGAAGCACAUCUAAAUAAACCAAAGCUUCAAAGGUGGCUGGAUGAAUUUGGUGAGCGUUACAGCAAGGUUGUUGUAGCUCUAUCUUGUGCAGUUGCCCUUAUUGGACCUUUUCUUUUCAAGUGGCCAUUCUUUGGCACAUCAGGUUGCAGAGGAUCUGUUUACCGGGCAUUAGGGCUUAUGGUGGCUGCAUCACCAUGUGCAUUGGCUGUAGCUCCUUUGGCAUAUGCUACUGCAAUCAGUUCCUGUGCGAGUAAGGGAAUAUUGUUGAAGGGUGGGCACGUAUUGGAUGCUCUGGCAUCCUGUCACACUAUUGCAUUUGAUAAAACUGGUACAUUGACAACUGGGGAGCUUAUGUGCAAAGCCAUUGAGCCAAUACACGGACAUUGUGAAGGAAUUGAUAAAUCAAGAGUUGCUUCCUGUUGUAAUCCUAAUUGUGAAAAAGAAGCUCUUGCUGUUGCUGCUGCCAUGGAGAAAGGGACUACUCAUCCUAUUGGAAGAGCUGUUGUAGAUCACAGUAUGGGGAAAGACCUCCCUUCUGUUUCUGUGGAAAGUUUUGAGUGUUUACCUGGUAGAGGUCUUUUUGCAACAUUGACCGGCCUUGAGUCAGGAAUUGGAGGUAGUGAGCUCUUGAAAGCUUCACUUGGUUCCAUAGAGUACAUUGCCUCGCGAUGUAAAUCUGUGGAUGAGUCAAGCAAGAUCAAGGAAGCUGUGAGCACAUCUGCUUAUGGAAAUAAUUUUGUGCAUGCUGCUCUAUCUGUCAAUGAAAAGGUAACCCUAUUUCACUUUGAGGAUAAGCCCCGACCUGGUGUUGCAGAUGUUGUAACUGAAUUACGAGAUCAAGCGAAGGUCCGUGUAAUGAUGCUAACAGGUGACCAUGAGUCAAGUGCAAGGAGAGUUGCAAAAGCUGUUGGCAUCAAUGAAGCCUACAGCAGCUUGAAGCCUGAGGAUAAACUCAAUCAAGUGAAAAAUAUCUCAAGAGAUAUGGGGGGAGGUUUGAUAAUGGUUGGUGAUGGUAUUAAUGAUGCGCCAGCACUUGCUGCUGCUACUGUGGGCAUUGUACUUGCCCAACGUGCUAGUGCAACUGCUAUAGCUGUUGCAGAUGUGCUAUUGUUGCAGGACAAUAUUUCUGGUGUGCCAUUCUGUAUUGCUAAAGCCCGUCAAACAACUUCUUUGGUCAAACAAAGCGUGGCACUUGCUCUAUCUUGCAUUGUUUUUGCCUCUCUUCCAUCUGUUUUGGGCUUUCUACCACUAUGGUUGACGGUUCUUUUGCAUGAAGGAGGCACUCUUCUUGUUUGCCUCAACUCAAUUCGUGCCCUGAAUGAUCCCACGUGGUGCUGGAAGCAGGAUCUACAACCCCUGCUUGAUGGAGUAAGAUCCUCUAUUGCAGGGCUCUUGAAAAGGUUUCCAACCUCAGGCACCAUCCAAUCUGCACCCCUAUAACUGUUGCUCUUUUGGUUGUAACUGUAUCUAUUUAUGAGCAGGCAACAUUUAUUGUUUAGUCUAGUGUAGAUAAGAAAGAAAAAGAUUGAUUUUAUCAAAUAAAAUU